CGGAGACUCAAAUCCAAAAGCUACUCAGGUGAGUCGAAUCAGCGUUAAAACACCUGGAGAAAGUCGCAUACUCGCUCAGACGGUCUCGAGUCGUGGCGGAGUUCGGUUUAUUUGGUCGCUUGUUGAUGUAAUCUUUCGGACGUGGAUUAACCAGAAGUGAUUCGAUUACGGUGACGAUAGUUUUACUGAAGAUUCCGCAGUGCCCAGCUGAGAUUCUAAUUGGCGAAAUACGGAGCCCCCGAUAAGUCAGCCUGACCGUUUUGUAGUGGUUUGAAACGCGACGGGUUUCCUAUCUCCGGCCAAAAUCCGUAUCUAAUUUUGAAACGCCGCCGAGCUAAUUAUAAUAAGUGAAAGAAGUGUCUAGCGAACAAGGGAAACCGGCCUAGUGCUCCUGUUCGCGUGCAAUUAUUUGAGAGUUGCUUGGAUACAAAAGGUAGUGAUCAUGAAGGGGUGUUGUGGUUUCCUGCUUCUGCUACUGGGAUUUCUCACAGUUUCAACAAAUGGAGUACCCACGGAUUUGAAAGCGGCCGCUGCACGAAAUGAUACCACUUCCACUGAGGAUGCAAGAGACAUAGGAACAUCUUCGGACGAUGAUUCUGACAUGUUAAUGGAACCGGACGAAUUUUCUCAUAUCGAUAUAAUCCGAUCGGAUGGUCAGCAAAUAUACCCAACAACAACGGAGUAUGAAAGUGCAGAACAAUCUGAUGGCUCAACAACGAACACUCACGCAGCUGCGCAAAACUUCUAUCCAACAUUUUUCAGGGAAGCGCCGCCACUAGGACAUUCUCGACCAUACUUCCAAGCACCUGAAGGACCACCGUCCUCUAAAAUCCAAGCUCCUCGAUCUUUUGACCAAUCCAUCCUGGGAUCAGGAGAUUUCGGCGUCAUUCGUGGCGGAACUUUCUAUGCCGAAAAUGAAGCACCAUUCCACGGUGACGGACCUAACGACUACGGUUUCUUUUUUGGUGAUGAUGGUUCCAACAACAAUGGUCACGGAAGACCGCAUGCAGAUGCAUUCAUUCAAAAAUUCACCUAUCCAGAAGAACAGUUUGCUAACUUCCGUGACUUUGCUGAAAUCAACACACCCUCUGAUUCCGCAUUUUCACAAUUCGUAGUCGUGUAUGCCAAUAAAAACUCUACAAGUAAAACUCACCACCCAAACCCCAAAAACAUCUUCGAACAGCUGGAACUUUUAGAUAAGGAGAAAUCACAAGAGGAGAAAAAAAAUCGGAUCAGCAAGGCAAAGUCGAAACUGGCAAGCACAAAGUUGGAGAGAAAGUACAAAAAACAGUCUAGCCCCAAGGACCUCGACUAUGAACCGCUUCUAGCCUUAAGUUAAUUUAUGGUCAAUUUUCAUGACCAGUUUAUAGCGUGCUAUAGCUAUGUAGGUACAUUCUCCUGUACUCCACUCCUCAUCAAACUUCAUUGAAAAUGGCAUUCGCAUAAGACCCAGUUCAAAUUAUAGAAGGAAACUGUGAUUUUCAUUAUAGAAGGUCUUUCUGCUAAAUUUCUGCAAAUUAACCAGGAGCAAAUCAUGUUUAAUACUUCUCAUCAAUUAGCGUAAUAUUGGCUAUCUAAAAUGUGAAAAAGCUGCAAUGUUUAAAGGAUCGCCGCCGAUGUUGGAAAACUGAAUAUGUCCUUCUUAACUUCAAAAACUGCAAAUUACUUAAAUGACUGGAGGUUAAGGACGAAAUUCUAUUUAGUCCAAUGCAUCGCAAUCACGUCUGAGCCGCAAUCACCGGACCUUCGGGACCACAGACAUGGCGCUGCAAACAUUCAAGGCACAAUAUUUGCACACCUUUGUUUUUCAACGAAUGGAACUCAUUUUUAUAUUUAAUCAUUUAUGUCGUUUCGCACUGGUAAAAUCUCUAAACUUCCUCUCUCCCCAUCAUUGACUUCCUUCCAGACUCCACUUUCAACUUUCGUCUCACACCCAAUUAGCAUAAGAUUUGUAUAGACAAUAAUGUAGCCUUCGUAUUGUUUACCAUUUAAGUCGAUUUUUUAUGUUAAUUAUGCUAGAGAAUU